AGCUGUGGUAGAGCCCUACAACUCCAUCCUGACUACCCAUACCACCCUUGAGCACUCAGAUUGUGCCUUCAUGGUGGACAAUGAGGCCAUCUAUGACAUCUGCCGCCGAAAUCUGGACAUCGAACGUCCUACCUACACCAACCUCAACCGUCUCAUCAGCCAAAUUGUCUCCUCUAUCACAGCUUCUCUCCGUUUUGAUGGUGCCCUUAAUGUGGACCUCACAGAGUUCCAGACCAACCUGGUACCCUACCCUCGAAUCCAUUUUCCCCUGGCAACCUAUGCACCUGUCAUCUCUGCUGAGAAGGCCUACCAUGAGCAGCUUUCAGUAUCUGAGAUCACCAAUGCCUGCUUUGAGCCAGCCAACCAGAUGGUGAAGUGCGACCCUCGCCACGGCAAAUACAUGGCCUGUUGCCUCCUGUACCGUGGUGACGUGGUGCCCAAAGAUGUCAAUGCUGCCAUCGCGGCCAUCAAGACCAAGCGAAGUAUCCAGUUUGUGGACUGGUGUCCUACUGGCUUCAAGGUUGGCAUCAACUACCAGCCACCCACUGUGGUCCCUGGUGGGGAUCUGGCCAAGGUCCAGCGAGCAGUGUGUAUGCUGAGCAACACCACAGCCAUUGCAGAAGCCUGGGCUCGCCUGGACCACAAGUUUGACCUGAUGUAUGCCAAGAGGGCAUUUGUGCAUUGGUAUGUAGGUGAGGGCAUGGAGGAGGGAGAGUUCUCUGAGGCUCGGGAGGACAUGGCAGCCCUGGAAAAAGAUUACGAGGAGGUGGGCAUCGACUCCUACGAGGAUGAGGAUGAGGGGGAAGAGUAGAGCGGCCACCUGAAGCCAUUUUACUGUUUGUUGCAAAAUCCUUUCGAAAUAAACAGAGUCUGUGUUUUGAA